GUGGAAAUACCAAUGGAAAUUAAGCUCGACAUCUUUUAAAUGUACCAUAAUACGAAUAUGCCAAUUUCCCACGAUGUAAUGCAAAAAAUGAGUUUUUAAAUAUAAUUUCUUCUUGCCCAUACCACCCACGCAAGCUGGUAUUAAUUUAUUCACUUAUUUUUGUACAUCUGUGUGCAGAAUGGCCGAGUACACAGACAGCUUCACCUCAACGAUGAUGUCCCAGAUUGACGAUGAGUUGAUGUGUGGUGUAUGCCUGGAGCUUUACGACACUCCGACCAUUCUGCCUUGUGGUCACAACUUCUGCAAGCAAUGCAUCGAAGGGAUCAUUCGGAAUGUCAGCUACACCUUCUUGACUCUAGGAGCUCCCACUGCCUUCAAAUGUCCUGUCUGUAAGGCACGUGUUAACUAUGAUGAUGUCAGAUCCUUGCCAACUAAUAGAUCCCUGGAGAGCAUUGUGAGAUUGUACAAGAGCAGUCAGCCAGUUGACAUCUUUGACAAGUCCUGGCACACAGAUAUGAACAUUUCUUCCUCUCACUGCUCAGAACACAACCGUCCCAUGGACCAAUACUGCGCAGCCUGUGCCCUCGCAAUCUGUGGCACAUGUGCACAACUGAAACACAGCGGGCACCACAUUCAGAAAAUUUCAGAUGUCACAGCGUUAUUACAGGUAGAGCUCACAGACAUCUUGGCAGACUUAAAAAAACAGAUGCUGCCUAUAAACAACCAUCUUCAUACUAUGGAGCAGUUGCUAUCGGAAACUAAGGAGAGUGAAGAGGCCGUGUUAAAGCACCUUGAUAGCCAGAUCGCAGCAUUAAUAUCGGCUCUGAAGUCCCGCCGUAACGAUCUCGCACAAGAAUUGUCUCUGCAAAACCAGUCCUUACAGAAACCAGUCAGGACAGAAAUCCAGAGAUGCAGGUCUCUUAAGGAAGCCACCAAUCAAAUCAUGAGCAAGCUUUCUAUUUUAAGGAGAACAAAUCCAAGUCGAAAAAUUCAGCUACUGCAGAGAACAUGUGCAGAAUUGAAAACAGUGGUGGGAAAUGACUUCAAAGAGUUCUUUAAGUGUUAUGAGAGACCAGAUCCUGUAAGGCUUGGUUGGACCAUAGAGACACUGGCUUUAACAAAGUGCAUUAAUGAUAUUGUGUGGAGGAAACCAGAAGAGUCAGUUUCAAAAGACACCAAAGAGCACACAGAUUUGGAAGCUAGACUGAGAUCAAUCCAACACUCUGAACUCGAAAGGUCGCAUAGCACCCAGGACCAACAACCAUCCAAAGAGAGUGCAGGAAAUGGUCUACCAAUUUCACUAGUUGUGCCCCUGGAACAACAUGCAGUGACCCCUUAUCAUGAGCAAGGAAAUGAAUCAACUCAAGAAACACCUGUUUCUACAUCUUCAUCAUCUGUGGAAAAUAUUGUUGAACCCAGAAUAGCUGUACAAGUGGACAGUAGUUCAGGAUUGUCAGAACAGUCAACUGACCAUACCGAUCCAUUAAAGGUUCCUUUUGAGUCUUGUUCAAAUAGUUUUACUUCUGCUAAGGCUAGUUCUACAAUUUUGCCCGAUAGUGGUAAUAGAAAAGAAACAAUUAAAGCUGGAGUGUUUCAUACACCUCAAAAGUCCCCUAACGCUGAGGCUCUUGCCAAAUUUGUAGCCAGAAGAAGAACAUCAUCACUGUCACCAUCAGUUGCCACACCUACUGUUGUACAAUCUGAUGAAGAUGAUAACAAACAUCGUGACCAUAAAGGUCCAGUACAUGAAACUGAUGUUACAACUACCAGUAGUAUUCCAAAGGUUACUGUUGAAGAAUCAAGACAUAUGAGAUCAAUAAGUCAAAAGCAUAAUAAAAAUACUUCAGUAGACAGAACGAAAGAGUUAAAUACUGAUUUUUCCAUAGAAACCAAGGACACAAGGGCAGCUCAUUCACAAAGCGACAAUAAACAGGUAGAAUCAGUCAAAGGGAUAAAACAGGCUCAAUUAGAGGCUGAUGACGACACUGGAGCAGACAAUAAAACUCAGAAACAAUUGCAAACACCUGUUAGGGGUGAGAGCUGUGAUAAAAGAAUUCAUAGUGCAUUUAGUUCAACAAGGAAGGAAGAUAGCCCUGACAGUGGUGUAAAUACACCGACCGGAAAAACUAAAGUAGUGCCAAAGUUUACAAAGCAGCCACUGGCUGUAAAUCUUGAUUUUAAUUUAAGUCCAACUAAUAAUACAUCUGUUAAAAACAAAACGGAGACAUUUGUUUGAGGUUUGUAGUUUUUAGUUUAGAAGAAUUAACACAAUCAGAAAAGCUGUCAGUUUUAAAACAGAACAGGUUUUCAGCGUUUCUUUAUGCUGUGUUUUUAUAUAUAAUUGAUAUAAGCCAAGAGCUGCUUUUUUACUUUUACCUUUUUUUUUUUUUUACU